AUGCCGGUUCUGCAUCUGCAAGGACGCUCUGAGUAAGCCAAGGUAAUAGACCUUUGGACAUUUUCGUCAGUGCGGUGCCAGACAUCAUCCUCUCUGAAGGCUGUUUGUGCUCCUCCCUCCUCUACGUUUGAUGCUAAUUGAAGGGAGGGGGAGUGUAUAACGUAUUUCUCUGUCAACUCAACGUUUAGCUGCGCCACUGUUUCUGUCACGACCAGUCGACAGAUCCACCCACUCGCGACGUUUUUUGGAGCGAGUAAUAUAAAGAUAAAGCUUAUUGUGAAAUAUUUAGUGGCAGGCCUAUGCUAUAGGACUUUAUGGUGUUUAUAUAGUAAUGAGGUAACUACGAAAAUUGUAGGCGUAUCUAGGAACCAGUCCAAAACACACAAAAGGAGCGGAACAAGGAAAUCCAAUCCCUCUCAGACUUGCUGGGAAAGCAGGUUAUUUGAGGACCAAACGACAGACCAUGGAAGAUGGCCCUCAGCGGGCCGUGCAAGGCCUGGGCUCCUUCCCGUGGUACGUGGGGGGGACUCAGGUUCUGGGCCUGGCCUGUGUGGUGAUCACGGGCGUGUGGAUGGGCAGCUAUCACGGAGGCUACGCCUGGGAUGGUUCGGGACAGGAGUUCAAUGUACAUCCCCUCUGCAUGGUCCUGGGCCUGGUUUUUCUCUAUGGAGAUGCGAUCCUGGUGUACAGAGUAUUUAGGAAUGAAAGCAAACGCAACAUCAAGGUUCUCCAUGCUGUGCUCCACCUUCUCGCCCUCAUUAUCAGCAUAGUGGGUAUCGUGGCUGUGUUUGACUUCCAUAAUCAUAACAAGAUCCCCAACAUGUACUCCCUCCACAGCUGGUGUGGCAUGCUCACCUUUGUUCUCUUCUGUGUACAGUGGCUGAUGGGGCUUGGUUUCUUCCUCUUCCCUGGGACGUUAAUGGCGCUGCGGAGCUGGUACCUGCCACUACAUGUCUUCUUUGGCCUGGCCAUGCUCGCCAUGUCCCUAGCCACCUGCCUACUGGGCAUUUCAGAGAAAUUGUUCUUCAGUAUCCAACACACAUAUUCACAGUUUGCUCCAGAGGGGAUCCUUGGUAACAUGCUAGGACUGCUGCUAGUAGCAUUUGGGAUUCUGGUAGGCUACGUGGUGACACGGGAGGACUUCAGGAGACCCCCGCACCCAGAGGAAGAGGCUUUAUCUGUGCACUUUGAGACCCUGACUGAGGGGCGAGGGAGCCCCACCUCACCUUAAACCAGGAAACACUCCUGUGUGCUCAGGCUUUUAUUUAAAACUGGUGUAUAUGAGCUGGGCUGGAACAAAAGCCUACACACCCAGUAUCUCUCCAGGACCAGCUGGAGAUCUGGCUGAUUAUGCUGUCUUUAUUUCAUGUCACAUCAUGAGCUGUUCUACACCCCCUUGUGAAGAAAUGGAGGUAUGACAGGACUUAUUUGACCAAUGUAUUUGAUUGCUGCCACAGAUUAGCCAUCACAAAAGUGCCAUAUUAGGGCUCUAAAAACAAAAUAGCCUUUGCUAAGUGUUCAGUGAGGACAAAGCCAGUUAGUUGUGCCUUCAUCUAGGGCAGUAGGGUUAUACUUUGUUUAACAAGGACUAACUUCCAAGCUUGUGAUAAAUGAAGGAGUUGCAGUUCAUUCAGGGAUAUGUUCAUUGUGACAAAAUAGUGAAUUAAUCUGUUGGCAGUGUUGAAUUUAUGAUAAAGGAUGCAAAGUUGUGACUGAACAAUGCCUGGAUUUUGAAUUACCCCUAGGCACUCUUUUCUUAGUUACUUUGUGUUUCACUAUGACAGUGUAGAAGUAGUCAUGACCUGCAGAGGGCAAGGUGUAGGCCUACUCAAAAUCCUGUGAUCGUAAUAUUGCAGGAACUCAUCUUUUUUUGGAAAACCCCUCCCAGCUCAAUUGAUAUCUGGGGUCAAUUUGGUAAUAAAUGCUCAGAGCUAGUGUAAUAGAAGGGAGUUACUGGAUUUAAUUGCACUAAGCUGCUUAUAUCUGUAUCCAUGUUUGCGAAUAGAUUUAACAGGCGAUGGUUUUGGUGUAUGUAUUGUAAUUUGCUUUGUUCAAAGCAUCUACUUGUCCGAAUAAUUGAACUAAGAUUACUUGAUUCAAUAUCGCUGCCUCUUUUCACUUGUGGAAACUUGUUCUAGGCACUGCUGACUGACAAUUAAACUUAUAUUGCCUUCCUAUCACUUAUUAAAGAUGCAUGACUCAA